AGUAGAAUUUAUUUCAUUUUCAUAUUUUAUUUCAUUCACUUAAUAUUUAAAGCAUUCAAUACAAACAAGAAAAAAAAUCUCAAACAUGUGAAUGAAAAGGAGCAGAAAGAAGAAAAAUCUUAUGAAGUCUAUCCCUCUUUCAUAAGACAUAAAUCAACUAAACACAUAAUAAAAAUAAACAAGAGCUCCAGGCCAACAUGCCUUUUUGCAGUUCACGGUUUCUUAUUUUUAAAAACAACCCACAAAACAAACAGAAAAGACCAUGUUAAUUCACAUUUUUUCACUCUAUAUAUAGUGAAAAAAUUGAUUUAACAUGGUCUCUUAAUAUAUGCCAAGACUUGGAUUAACAUGGAAAGAUUAACAUUGAUUAACACUGGAGAGAUCUACACUGAGGAAGGUGGAGUCUAUUCUAAAGAACCUUGAUCACCCACUUCACAACACCUUGAUGGAUCAAAGGGCCAAUGGUGGUGGACAGCUCCUCUCUCCUCACUGCAGGACAGAAGAUCUUUUGUACCCACAGCCAUGCUUUAUAACUCCCGUGUAAAUAGUAGAUAACUUUUAGAGACAUGUUAAGUGAGACAACAGACAAUUGAAUUUCCCUUCAAGGAUUAUUAAAGUUCUUCUUAUUGUUAUUUCCCUGUAUUUGCUCAACAUACUGGCUUUGACACUUUUUUUGAAGAAAAAAAUUGAUUCAGCUUCUUUAUUUUCUUUGUUCAGAUUGUUCCACAGACUUAUUCCUCUCACUGUAACACAGCGCUCCUUCAGUUUAGUUCUGAAUCUUGGCUUUUUAAACAUUUCAAAUACUUUUAAAAUUAUAACAACUUUCUCUUUUUCAAAUCGGCUCUGAAUGUUGCCUGGUCAAAUUUUCUUCAUACAUAAUCUGCACCACACUAAAUACUACUAAUUCAUUGAAUUUCAACAACUGAAAUUUAACAAUUUAUGGUGCAGUUUAUGUAUUCGACUGCAUUAGAAUAAUAAAUGCAUUAUGUGGUCGGUAGAUGUAAAUGAUAAUGGAUCAAUAAAAGGUUUGAAUGAGUGAAAAUAUCCAGCCAGCGGUGUUUUGUUCUGUUUGGUAUUGGGUACACAGCGUUCCGCCCCUGAGAUACGUGACGUCAUGACGCUACAUCCACGUCGCAGUUGAGUUUCUCAGGCGAGCUCGCUGCGUGUGAAUGCGUGUCUCCAGCUAGGCCAGAGAGUGAUGGCGGCGCCCGUCCUGAGAGUGUCCACCCCUCGGUGGGAAAGAAUAGCUCGGCUCCUCGUUUGCCUGUUGGGCAUAUUGUUAUCUCUAUAUGCCUUUCACGUGGAGAGGGAAAAGGCUCGGGACCCGAGUUAUAAGGCUAUGUGCGACGUCAGCGCAUCCAUCAGCUGCUCGAGAGUGUUCAGCUCAAGGUAAUUUGAAUUCAGCAAAGAGCGCUCAAUGAAGCCGCUGCCUCUGCCGCUGCCGCUGCUAUUGUGGCAGGCUGGCUGGGAAGGGCUGCGCGCUUCAAACUGUCAAAUGCACCCUACUAAUUUUUUACCCGCUAUCCUCUACUGCUAACGCUGACUGAUUCCUUUUGGUCAACCUGACUGAAAUAAGUUAACUUCUUCUCUUAAUAAGCAAAACAUUAGCAUUAUAGCUCCUCUGUGCUAGCUUCGCUAACCGUUAGCUAACGCAGCCCAUUUGUUGUCCUUAUACUUCUGAGCCUGUUAGCUGUUGAAUAAAAGCAGCAGUGUCGUUAAAGUUCAUGUCUGCCGCUGUUUGCUGCCUCAUAAAAGCUGCGGUGUUGGUAAAGUUCAUGUUUGUUAGCUGACAGAACUAAUUCUCUGAGUGUGUGGAAGGGCUACACAUCUGUUACAGCAACUUAAGCACCACAGUUGAGCAUUUGCUUGUCAGUAUUACGUUACUGUUGCAUGUGUGUAGCUGCUUUCAUUCAAACGUAUGAUUUCCGAAAGAAAACUGGGUUAAUGUUGAGGAUUUUGAGUAUCGCAGUGCUGACGUUAGCUGUCACGCUGCUGUCAUUAGCUGUCAUGCUAAUGUCACCGGGCAGCUAUCAGGCAGUCCGAGGGGGUUAGACCCGAAAAGACCGAGUCCACAGCUGCUCCAGAGGUCAGUGUGAGGACCGACACAGUGCAGGCCACCUUAAAGAGUCAGUGCUGCCACAGUCACACUUUGUUAGCAAAUAGAUAACAGUUAUAGCUGUGCGGAGACAGCUGUCACUAGAGUUUGACUCCAGCUGUGAGUAAAGCAGAGUUUGUUUACCCAGAGAGAAGGAUAACACUCAUUUAUGUCCUGCAGAUCUGUAUAAAACGUUUAAGUUGCCAUACCAGCUUGUGAAGGAAAUGCAUCCAUUAAGAAGAUAACCCCACCUAUUGAAUCUCAAUGAAUAAGAGUCUUUGUAAGCCUUGAGCAAACAUCCACAGCAUAUCUGGAAUGUAACCUGUUUUAUUGCGGGUUAGUGCAUAUUUGUGAGAUGAGUGAGUGAAUUCUCUAGAGUAUUACAGACAGCUCAGUGUUCAUCUGUAAACACAAACAGAAGUAUCUGUUUAUGUGUCUGAAAGAUUACAAAUAGUAACAGCUUAAAGACAACCCAAGCAGUUUCUCUUGUGUAAAGCAUAUCCAGCCAAGAUGUUGCUUUGAAACUGUGGCCAAAAUACCUGCUGUAAAGGAGAGAAUAAUAGAAAGGAUGAGUUUGUACAGUGUGAGGAACCACAAACCACAAAACUGUUGCACACAAAGUUCAUAUGCUAGAUUCAUUGCAGUUGUAACUUAAUUGAAUUUUUCUGGAUUCUUGUCAUCAAUCUUUCCAGAUGUUUUAUAGCAUAGUGUCAACAGGUGGACUGUAGUCCCUGCAAGUCCUCAAGAAAGGUCUUCUAGGGUACGACUGAUCAUGUGGUAACCCAGAAGAAAUGAAAGACUUAUUGAAAAAGCCUCUUAUACAUACUGCUGCAGUAUGUCGGAUAACUUAACCACAAAGUUAUCCUUUUUUUUUAUAGUCAAAUGAACGCACGUUAGCCUUGUCCUUCAGUGUGCUUGAUUCUGUGGCUGUCAGAAAGGAAGUCUUACCAGCACAUGGAACUUGAUAAUAAAAUUAUUCGCUAAAGCAGUGGUUCUCAAGUCCAGUCCUCAAGGCCCACUGUCCUGCAUGUUUUGGAUGUUUUCCUACUCCAACACACCUGAUUCAAAUGAUUAGCUCGUUAUUAAGCCAUUACAGAGCUUGAUAACGAGCUGAUCAUUUGAAUCAGGUGUGUUAAAUCUGUGUAAAAGAAUCUGUGUAAAAAAGUGAAUUCCAGCCACUGUACAAAGUAAAAAUGUCAGCAUAGGGACAUGUAUGGUGCAAAAAGAAAUAAGAAUUGCUCCACUCUCAUUCAGAAGUUGUUCACUUUUUCACAACUGACCCUCAGCAAACCCCAGCUUGGUUCAAGAUUUUCCUAAGUCUAUCAAAAACUCGACAAAUUUAAUUCUGGUAACUUCAAAGGGAGCACAGAGCAGACUAGGAGACCCUUGUGAUGUGGAGUUUUGCAAAUUUGCAUUAACCUAUGAUACCUGCCACAUAACAUUAGAGAUAACAGAGUAUAACAUUCAUGAGUAAAGUAUAACAUAAGAGAUUUUGUUUUUAGUCUACACUACUUCUCAGAGCGUUGCAUAGGUUUGUGUGGAAAGACAAGAGGGUACUAUUAGGUGGGGAUGAGAGAAUGGUUGACCAGUGGAUGUGCCUCCACUUUGCCGCUCUUGAGACGGCACUUGUGGAAGCCUUAAAACCAGACAAACUCAAUAAAGUGGUUGCCUGUCAUCUGAAACAAACAUUGGGUUACUCAGAUUUUGUCAGUGUGAUAGUCCAGUCACCACAGGGAGAAAUUGUUGAGCUUUGCAGCAUCUGUGUUCUCCACCCAUGACGUCCAGAUUAGCGCAGAGUCAAUGAAUUGAUCAGUUGACCGGCAGAAAAAGAACUCUUAUCUGUGAUUUUGGACUGCUGAUCGCAUGUUCUAAAGGCCAUUUCAUGCACUGGGAAACUAAGGGUCCUUUUGUUUUUAAUGUUUUGUAAAAUUUUGUAGACAAAACAACAGUUUGAAAAAGUAAUCCGAACUUCAUCAUGAACAAAAUAAAGGUCUUUGUGAUUCAUUGCUGCUGUGGUUCCCCAAACAGUAAAAAAAAUGUUGCUGUACAUGAUCUGCCUUUCCUCGGGCACAGUUCAGCUAAAGAGCAAACUUCAAGUAAGUGAUACUUCAGGUUUCAGGCAGGCAGUGCUGGGAUGAAUUGGGUUUUGCUGAGCUGUAAUUGGUCGGCUUCACUGGUUCAUGGCCAGCUGUGACCCAGUCUGAUUUCUAUCUGUACUAAUGGACUGAAGUUGUAACUGCCCUCUCUGCUGAUGUUUCUGUGCUUUCAGGUGGGGUCGAGGGUUUGGACUCCUUGGCUCCAUUUUUGGAAAUGACAGCGCACUGAACCAACCCAAUAGUGUCUACGGGAUUGUCUUCUAUGCCUUUCAGCUCCUACUAGGUAAAGAGCCUUUUUUGACCAAAAGCUGUUUAUUUGUUUGUAUUGCAAAUUCAGUUGACAAGUCUCCUUUGACUAGCAACAAGUGCUGACUCAGCACUUUGCUGUCCUCUGCCAUCAUACCUAUAAUUAAAUAAAGCUGAAUCAUGUGACACAGAUAUAGUGGCUGUGCAUCAGUAUAAUUAUGUUAAAUUGGGACAGGGGAUUUUAAAGAGGACUAUUGAGAACCACAGACAGUAUUUAUAUUUUUAUGGACUUGAUCUCAAUGACUUCCUGUGUAGACCAAUGAGAUGAACAUAUUGGGGUUGUUACAGAAGAAAAAUCGUUAUCAGUUAUGGUUUCUUAUCGACAGAUAGUGGAAUCACAUUUGCUAAUGGUGUGAAAUGUUGCACAAAUUGAAAGGUUCAAGAUUUUUCCGUUUGUUUGACUUGUUUUAACUUGAAGCCUUUCCCCCCCUUUGGUUACUCGUCACAUUCUCCUCCCUCCAGCUCAUUGCUAGUGUUGCUGACUCAGUCAUGCUGGUUUGACAUGUUUUCCUACAGAGUGGCUUGUAGGCUUGCUUGGCCACCUGGCGCUGUCACAGAACAAGAGGUCCUUUUAGGCACAGCAGCUACCACUCAUUUGACUAACACAAUAGCAGCCCAGUUAAGCCAAACUGUUACAAAUGGUCAAGAUUUCCAUAUUAUAGCCAACACCACUCAGUUUCAGGACUUCUGUUAUUCUCACUGUAUCUGGCAGUCUGAUAUAUGGGACUGGGCAUGAGUCCAGAAUCAGUAAAGCAAAGGUUUUCAUCUGUAAUUAGUGCAAAUGUACAGCUGAGGACUACUGUCAGAAAGUGUAGCAUCAGAGUGAGGAACCAAAAGUUUACGUGCUAUUUCUGUAAAAAGUCCUGUUUUCAAAAUAUAGAGUUAUAUUUUACUGGAUCAUAAUUAUAGACACAUCAUUGUAGUGUCAUUUAAAUGUUGCCAUUUUCCCGUUUGUACAUUUUUAUGGUCACACAGACAAAAUUUAGGCUGGGAAUUGCUGGGUGAUACGUGACAUGAUACGAUACGAUACAAUACAAUAUACAAUACUUGGUCCAACAAAUAACAAUACCUUGAUACAGCAAUACUGCAAGAAUACAUCACAAUAUCUGUUUAGUAUAAGAAUACAGAAAGAGCGGAUGAAGGCAAAAUGUACAUGAUUUUAGUCUGAAUUGGGCUAAAGGGAUAUUCCGGCUUAAAAUUAAUUUAUGGUCAAACACACUGUAACACCGAGUUAGACACCCCCUUGAGAGAUUAAUGUUGCCGACCGCUUGCUUUUAUAGUAAUACCAACUUUAGUAACGACAGCAGGAUAGCAGUACACAGCGGUCUAUGGAACCACACACAAACCUCAACCAGAAAGCCGCUCUAUAGCCACAAAUAAUGCUCAGAACAGCAUCUAACUUCAUCAACAGUACAUAUAGGGUCCUAGUCACAGCACUAUCCACCAAACGUCUUUUUCACUUUGCCUAAUUUCUUUAGCAAAGAGACUAAACACAACCCACCCACUCUCUUCCAGCAGCCGCUUGUUUGUAGCGAGACCUCAGGCCAGUCCAUUACGGACUGCUGCGGGGGGGUUACAGCUCAAGGAAGAACAUUUAUGAUAAUUUCUUCAUCAUUUCCUUGAAGUAAUAAUCACCAUAUUAAUCAUUUUGCACUGCAGACACGGUAGUUCUUCUGCCUUAGCGUCUGAUUGCAUUUUCAUAAAGAAAUGAUCAUAAAUGUUCUUCCUUGAGCUGCGUCACCCCGCUGCAGUCUGUAAUGGACUGGCCUGAGGUCUUGCUACAAACAAGCGGCUGCUGGAAGAGAGUGGGUGAAUUGUGUUUAGUCACUUUGCUAAAGAAAUCAGGCAAAGCUAAAAAGAUGUUUGGAGGCUAGUGCUGUGGCUGGGACCCUAUAUGUACUGUUGAUGAAGUUCGGUGCUGUUCUGGGCAUUAUUUGUGGCUAUAGAGUGGCUUUUUGGUUGAGGUUUGUGUGUGGUUCCAUAGACCGCUGUGUGUUGCUAUCACGUACACGUACACUUAAUCAAUUCAUUAGUGCCUCAAAAUUCACAACCUUGAUCAUGAAUAAUAUCAGCUAUCUGUGAACUCUCCCCCUAAAAAAACACAUACUGAAGGUCAGUCUUAUGAGGGAAGGAAGUGCCCAUAAAUUUCAUACGUGUGAAAAUAAGCAAACUUAGUCUUAAAAGUAUGACUAUACCUCAUGUGACAACAGGAUAACAUGACCGAUCUGAUUUAAGCUGAGUGUCAUCACAAGGAGGCUGGAGAGACAAAUGGAGAACUGUCUGUGCUUAAAAAAGUGUCAACUCAUCAGGUCUGUUGUGUGUCAAAGUUAUUUGUCGAGUGUUGUAUUUAUAUUUGCCCUAAGUUUUAGUCUUGUUUUUCUUGCUGUAGGGAUGACUGUCAGUGCAAUGGCUGCCCUUAUUCUCAUGACGACAUCCAUCUUGUCGGUGGUGGGCUCGCUUUACCUGGGCUACAUCCUCUACUUUGUCCUUAAGGACUUCUGCAUCAUCUGCAUCACCACAUAUGCGCUGAACUUCAUUCUCUUUAUUCUCAACUACAAGCGACUGGUUUACUUGAAUGAGGCCUGGAAGCAGCAGCUGCAGGCCAAGCAGGACUAAGCUGUUGGGGUAGCGGCAAGAAAAAUAUGAAAAACAAACAACAACAACAACAAAAAAAAGAAAUGUGACCUCUGAACAUUUGACUUGCCACCAGGAGACCUUGCUUCCAAAACAAUGUUUAUUCUGCUGUGUGUUAAAAAAAAAUGAAGAAAUUUAACUUAAAUGUUGGGCCUGACAUCUCAAUGUUGCAAAACACGGAAGGAUUCGUAAGUGAAAGAUUUUAUUUUAAUUUCUUUUUCCUUGUUUAACAUUGUAUCACUCAAGGAAGGGGCUGGCUGUGUGUGCGUGUGUGUGUGAGUGUGUGCGCAAGUGUGUGAGAGAGUGUGUGGGGAAACACAUUGAAACAGGCACGCAGAGGCAGAAUCUACGAUACAGAGCUCUAGAGGACAGCUCUGUUUUGAACAAAAAGGAUCGCAGAAUGGAUGAUAAAACAAGACUUUAAGGGGGUUUACUUGAAAUGGUUAGAGAGGUCCUAUUACUGCACAGCGGAUCUGCACUAAAACUCGGAGCCGAAUAAGGGGUCCUUAAAAUUGGAAAAACACUCAUUAGGUCAUUGUACACUUUGCAGAUAAGGUCCUUAGGUGAGGGGGGCAGGCGGGCGGGAAGGGAGCAAAAGGAGUAACAUUUAUACAGAAUAGUUUCUUUCAUGUUUACACUUUGUAGUUUUUUUUUUAAGAGGACCACUAAAAGUAAACACAGGACAAUGUGAGAUAUUGUGUGUAGAUCAGUCCGAUUUUUGUUUUGCAAUUCUGUAAAUAGCUGCUGAGCAAUAUUCCAGGCUAGAUUGUGACUUAGUGUUGACACAAACAAAACCUUUAAAGGAAAAACAAAAAAAACAACAACAACAACAACAAAACCCGCCAACAAAACAGAAGAAAACAUGAGGCAAAUCUGGAACAAAAAAAUAUGAUCAAGGUCUUGGUUAGGUGGACGAGUCCGAUGACAUGCUCGUCCUGUAAACCGGGUCAGGCAUGCAGUUCAGAGUCGUGUGGAUUUCUUUGUCGUACGUGGUUACUGUUUCAUCUGAAGCCACCUACACAAGUCAAUAGAUCCACAAGUUCUCUCCACCAAGUUUGCAUCGAGGCACCCUCACUCUCCUUUUUUUUUUCUUUUGUUCUUGUGUGAAAAGCAUUCCUGACCACCACUCAAGUGGGAUCCAUACAGACUUAUGUGCCUAAAGGAGUGUGUUAUGGUGAAUUCCUUUUCUUUCUUUCUUUUUUUAUUUUUAAGGUAAGGGCAGGUUGAAGGGGGUUACAUCAUGUUAACACCAGUUUUUGUUCGUUGUUUUAUUGUCACAGGUCUGAGGCUUUAUUUUUAUGAUCACAGUUUUGUAAAUUAAGAUACCAGUGAAGUGUUUUCUCCCUCCCUUAUAGAGUCUCUUGAGGUAGCAAAGGCUGCUACACUGUGAUUGUCUGCUCAAGGGUAGAGCGGCCUGGUGGCAGAAGCAUCUCUUAUCUGGCUGUUUCAGCUGCUCAUCAUGUUUUUGUUCACUGUGCAGCCUGUAUACAUUUGAUGUCAAUUGAACAGUAAUGGUGAUCUUGUAAAGCUGAGUUGCUGUUCAUUUGCGGGACGUGAACAAAACUUGGAGAAUGUUUCACUUUGUUGACAGAAGCCUGACAAGGUGUAAGAAGAUAAAAACAGUAUGCCAAGCCAUAUGUGGAGUUUUGCCCCCGGGUAGGUGAGGUAAACAGGGUGCUGUGGGCUUUCUAAGAUGAAAAGCUGCAGAGGCUGAAGCUUUUCAUUGAGUAGUUGAUCUAGCAUAGCAUGGUUGGUAAACCGAUAGGUCACAGAAUCUGCCACAGCUUGUGGUGGCAGCUUAGAAAACCUGUUUAGUUCAGCACCAAGUGACGGAGUAGACCCAUCGUUUCUUUUCCAACCAGAAUCCACAAAGUCAAGUAUCCUGUUGGAUGCACCGUACACUGCUUUUUCCCGGCCUUUAACAUAUGUCGGCCAUCGGACAAUCUUACACUGUCAAAGUUGUAGAGCAGUCGUAGUUAUAAUUGUAAUAAUGUGAUUCAUCUGUGGUGUUGAACCAGCUUGUUAAUAGUUUCCAUCACGGCUAGUCUCCAUGCCCCUCCAUGAAUUCAGCGCCUCCCCCUUUUUUUUUUUUUCUUUUUUGGAAGUAUUGAUGUUGGCAACUUUCAGGAGAGUUAUUUCAGUCAAAUACUUCCUGUUACAUCAGAUGAAGUUAUCUGUUCUGAAUGAAAACGGAUAUUAAGGUGAUUAUUGUUUGUUUUUCCCCAGGAUAUUGUCACAGAGUUUAAACCAUUUACUGCUUAUCUAAUAUAUGCUGUUACAUCCAUGUUACCCAUUUCCCAAAGCACAACAUAUGCGAUUUAUUUUACUUUGUUAUCAUAGGGAUAAAGUUUUCAUUCCUUUAAUAUCUGAACAGAACUUAAGCACUUAUUUCAUUGCUGCUAGGAUCAUGGACACUUUUUACAUUGGCCAUAUCUUUUCUUUAGGUUGAAGUAAUGACUUGUAAAUGUAACGUAAAUUGGCAGUAAGUCAGCCCCCUUGCUUUCAUUUUGAUCGACAACCCAGAAUAACAAGAGUACUUCAGCUGAUUGGCACUUUACUCUUAAAUUUGUCCAGAAUCAAUGCAGCAAAACCAGACAUGUUGUCUUCAUUCAGGUCAUUCCCUGUCAAAAACAGCCUCAUCUGUUACCAAAUACGUGGCUAUGCCUAAUUAUCACAGACUGUUUAAAGUCUCAGUGAUGUCACCCAUUGAUUUCUGAAGAGACCUUUUGAAACCAUGAGGUGGCGGCCCAGUUGCCAUGUUGGAAAUACUGACAAAACCUGACUUUUGAUCAACCAAGAAAGCUGCACAGAGCCCUAACCUAUCCUGAGAAAGAGUUCAAAUGUGGCGACCCGUCAGUCUGAUCAAACACACCUCUAAUCAGGGCGUAACCUUAAGCCUAAAUGUGACCAAAACAGAUGAGUUGUGGGGCAUAUGAAUAUCGAAAUAAGCGUCUUGGACCAAAACUAAUCGUACUGUAAACAUGUUGAAUUUAACUUUAAUGAAAAGCAUUUGAACAAGGGUGUCAGUGGGCUUCAUUUUGGUUGCUGCUUAUUUGCAGUGUCCCCUAAAUGCCUGUUUUAUUCAGACAUGUACUUUUUGAUGCAACCAACACUAACUGAAGACGCACUGCUCGAGAACAGUUUACCCGGAGAGACAGUCAUUCCAGAUCAAACGUAGCCAUAUACUCAUUGAAACAGAUUCACCCGUAUGUGCUGUGUUAUGCAGGCGCAUUUCCUUUUUCAUGCAGCAGGAUUCAAACAUGUCACGCCUGAACACACCUAUUUGACUUCCAAAACGAGUGUAACGCAGAGCAAAACUGAGCACACAAGUAACAGAUUGAGGGAACCCUGAACUUCACACAGCACCUGGAAAUGAUUUCAGAUCAGUGGAGUUCUGCGAUGUAAAACCUUAUAAUCUUUGCUAGAUGAUUCUAUUCAGUACAGAAGUUUUCAUCAGAAAAAGAGCGUCAUUUAAAGACAAUGUUUUGCUUUGGAAAAUGGUCGACAGUGAUGUUGACUUGAAUGGUAGUAAGCCGGUUAAACAUGCUAGCACUGUAAGGUCCUCUCUAUGAUAAAUAUUUUCAUGAUGUCCUUAGAUGCCAUCUGUAGGAGCUUCAUCAUACAGUAUUGCCUUGUGUGGCUUACAUCAGGUUCUUCAUCUCAGCUUUGAAUGAGGUUAAAACACUGUCUUUGUGUGUCCUUGAUUUCUGUCAAAUUCAGUCAUUUCGUUUUGUUGAGAGGUCAAACUGACAACCUUCGAGUUACUGUGGCAACAACUGUGUAUCCUGUGAAACUGAGAAGUGUACUGUCGGUAGCAUGCUAUUGCAUUUCUUGAGUCCAGUCAAAUGCAACCCCAUUACACUAGUUGUGUGCACUUACUUUAAAGUCAAAAAGGGUGUAGAGAAUUUGAAAAAUGGGUCAAAAGUUUGAAAUGUUUGGCUGUGAAAAAGGAUCAUAAUGUCAUGUGAAAUGUCAAAAGAAGGUCAAAUUAGUCAAUACUGCAUUCUCAUCAAUACUCAUUUAGGCCCAGAGGUAUAACUGCCAUGUUAGUUGCAUCACCAACGCCAACAAAAGUGCCUUCUGUUUGAUCACUAGGCCUUGAGCCAAAGACGAGCAACAGUAUUAGCCUUGUAAAACGAAGAAUGAUAACUGUAACAGGCACUUCUGCUUGCCUUCCUCAAGAUAAAAUCUGAUCAAUUGGUUAUCCCCAAAGAACUGAUGUCCAGUGUCAGUGCAACAGUCCAUUUACAAAUUGCCAGACAAAUUGGCUUGUCAAAUGAAAGGCCGUUUCUCGUUUCCUUCCUGAUUUCCACUUUCUAAUUCUCAUCUUUACUUUGUCUAGCUAGGACAUGUUUGUUAGCUAAGAAUACACUCUGUCUAAACUUCAUGAUUGUAAUGUUUUUUCAUCAUUAAUUUUGCCCUUUAGCUGUAUAGACUGUUAACAUUCUGGGUUAAUUUUAGUUUAUAAAAGUCGAGGGGUUGGAGGGCUGGGAAUCCAUGUGUCAGCAUUAAAUGUUUAUUAAAUUUCUUUGUGGAGGAAAACUCACUGGGUUUGCUUCUGUAUUGCCAAAUAUGUUUUAAAAUGCUGUAUUUUCUUACAUGGAAAAGUGUUACAUGAACGGUAGGAGGGUGCAAAAAUAAUCUGUUCAAAUCCAGCUUACUUUAAGGGAAAACUGUGGAAACGGUUGACAUGAGAACAUUUUUAAUUGUGUCAUUGUCAUGUGGAAAUGAUCUACCAUUAAAACAUUCCCUCUGAAA